AUGCCAGUUGGAGCCAUGAUCGGUGCAAAAAUUUUAUGUCUUCCUGGAGGACCUGGGCCUACAAUACGAGAACAUGGACUAGCAGCACUGCGCAGCUGCUCAAGAACAGGCAUGUCUCAGCUGGAUAAAUUACUAUGCAUGGUCGAUGAAGGAUUUCUGAACUAUCCGAAGGAAGCUCUGACUAUCACUUCAGCAGUGGCUUAUUUGGAUAAUUUCAGAAAUUGCGCUGCUGCUGUCACUUUUCAAGGACUAAAUGCGUCUGUAGUUCGCUACCGAAUGGAUGAAGGAGAACCGAAAUCACUGGAUAUUGUCAAACCAGGCAUAGGAAGAAAUGCAAUGGCAUAUCCCGUCUGA